UUUUUUUUGUUUUGUACUCGCUCUUUUGUUCGUCCUGAGUUGGGCGUUUCUCUUCCCGCGCUGUUCGACCGUGCCACUCGCAAAAGCGGCAUCUGAGAGUUCUCUGAUUGCACCGUCGUGUAGAGGAAGAGCGACCCGAAGGCAGCACUCAUGAGCGCACGGGGCGCCAAGCGUCGACGAGACGCACGAGAGGACGAUGACGACCGGGGCAGUGGCGCCAGUCAUGUCGCUGACGGUGCACCGCGCAGCGAUCCGUCAGACGCACAGCACGACGAACCGUCGGAGCACAGCAGUGCUGCGCACCCUGGGCACGCGCGUGCCGAGCUUGACGGCGCGAUGGCGAGCGAUGAUGCGAAUCACACCGCCGAGGCGUCUGCUGCGCCGACCGCCGUCCCUCCAAAUCCGCAGCAUCAUCCAGCGUCAGCGCCCCCGGAACGGCAUCAGCGCAAGCGUGCGCGUGCAGCAGAACGCGGGAUAUCCAACAAUGACCUGACGUCGACGCAUUCAGCAGAGAGGUCGGUGGCUCAGUGGUCUGAAUUUUCACAUUCAUCGGCGUCCGAUCCGCGCAGCUCAAGUAGCAGCGGGGUGAGUUCGAAACGUACCGUGCUGAUUGAAUACCCGAGACCCAAAAUGUCGCAAGCCCCGCCUCCCAUUGCAGAGACUGCUGCUGCUGCCGCCGCCGCCGCCGCUGCAGCAUCAUCACAAUCAUCACAGUUCUCAUCGCUAUCAAGACCGACAUUUGACACGUCAAGACUAACUCAUGUCGGCGUUGUUGAAGGAGCGGCUGCAAGCAUGCACCAACCUACAACCAGCCCCUCUCCAAGUAUUCACCCUACAAUUCUCCACCCUACAAGCAUCCACCACCCUACUAGUAUUCACGCGACAAGUAUUCACCCGACAAGCAUCCACCACCCUCCAAGUAUCCACCCAGCGAGUAUUCCACCCCCGGACACUAGCGCCGCCGCCGCCGUCGAUCACCAGAACGCAUCAGACUCGCCUUUUGCAAACAUGACUCAGUUGGCAUCUGCAGCCGCUGCUGUUGCCGCGGGAGACGCGCUUGCGCGGCAUCGCAUUGCGGCCGAAGCUGCGGCCGAACAACAUUCCGAGAGCUUGGAGAAUGCUGCCCAUCUUCACCACGACAACCGAUCAUCCACGACCGGAAGCAAGCGCGCCUACCGCUACGAAUCGCACAACGCUAUCGAAAAGCGUCGCCGCGACCGCAUCAAUGCGAGUCUGGACGCUCUGUCGCGGCUCAUGCCCCCGCACAACCGAGGCAAGCGACUCGAUAAAGCCGUGGUGCUCGAAUACACUGUCAACUAUGUGCGGCAACUGGAGGAACGGGUUGCUGCCCUGGAACGCGCUGCAGCGGCUCCAUCAGCGACCGUAUCGGUCGUCCAUACACCAGUCCCUCUCGCCUCCAAGACUGGUGGUCCAAUCACCCCAAUCGCGCCUAUCACCACCACCACCACCACGAGCACCGCCGCCGUGACCACUCCUGCACCCUCCGCCAUUGUCCCUGUGACCUCAAUCGCUCCUAUGUCGACCACGGUUGCCUCUUCUGCCGCCGUGGUGCACGAUGAUGCAAGGUCGGAUGCCGUGUCGGUAGCUUCCAUCCCUGCAACCCUCGUUCAGCAAAACCAUGUGGCCGAGCUCAAUCCUGCCCGACCCGCUUCGUCCCAAAGUCAGACGUCUGCGUCGAUCUAUUCGCAAGCGCCACCGCUAAUUGUUGUGCCACACCGAACACCUGUGCCACCUGUGCCACCUGUGCGUGGUGUAGAGUUGAUGACCAGCAACACGGCUAUCCACUUCCGAACAGGGCCGCACUUGCCAUCUCACCCAGCCGACUUAACUCCCCCGUCGUCGGCGCACUUUCCAACAGGUAUACCUUAUACCAACACGGAACCUCACCAGGAAACCCACUCGGCCUCUUCUUCGGAGCCAGGUGUAACCUCGGGCUCCUCUUCCAAAUUGACGGCACAGUGGACGAUAGAUGACGUCUUUUUAUGGCUCGAUGCAAUUGGCUUGGCCAAUUACAAGGAUUUGUUUGCGCGGAGCUUGUGCCGCACGGCCACGCUCAAGCCCAACAGCUAUUCGCACGCUGACAUUGUAUUCGCCGUCCGCGAAGUACCCAACCAAAUGCAUCGGGAGUGCAUGCUGAUCAGUCUCCGAAACAAGCCCGGGCUAUCACAAAGCGACGGGAGCGCCAAUGCGUUUACCUCGGCCCAGCUGGUCACGGUGCAUCCACCAAAGGGUCUUCCCAAGGUGCAGUCCCUCGUGGCUGUUCAUUCACAUGAUCCACUCCAGUCGCCUCUCCUGCAGCAAACAGCGUCGGCUACCAGCACCGGCAUGCAAACAGCCGCAUCCGAGUCGACUGGCUCAUCGUCGAGCUCGAUUCCAACGCCCGGGGAGGUUGGCCGCAACAUUGGCCUUCCAUUCAGUCCAACAGAGGCUGCAGCUCAAGGCCUCAACAUGAUGCCAGUGGCCACCACUGCUGUCCAAGCGCCGCCAUCCGCCUCGCACCAUGGGAAAAUCCCCUCCGACGCCCACUACCAGCCUUUAAUCUUCGUUCCAUCCAGCAACUCGUCUGUCGCCUCGAACUCGACCGCACGCGAAAUUGGCUAUCCCUAUCCGUAUGCUUUUGGUUCAAUGCCCCCUACUAUGGCGCUGCCCUACGCUGUCCAAAGUGGCGAGGCUCAGCGCAUGGCAUCAUCGGCGUUGAACCCGCAGCCUGCCGCGAGGCAGGGGGAGCGAUGGAUGUACAACGUGUCUGCGUUCUCCCCUCGACCCACCCCACACCUUGUUUCGACGUCUCCUGGAACGGUGUACCACACCCAGCCGCAUGAGCAGCCAGUGAUGCUUCCACCUUCUGUAAUGCACCAUUCUCAGCCGUCGGGCGUUCAGAUGCAACAACAACCAGCGCACAUGCUUCCACCAAUCCAGCCGCAACACCUAGUCUUGCAACAGCACCUCAUUCCCCUACCUGCCCACGUGCGGUUUCCUCUGCAACAAGUGCCCUACAUUCCGUCCAACUUUGAGCCGAAGGAUGCUCAAUCGCCCAGUGUUGUCGCGACUCAGCCCCAGCAGCAGCAGCAGCAGCAGCAGCAGCAGCAACAAACGCCGUACUUGUGA